UCUUAUGAUAUCAUCACAAGAUUGUUGAGAUUUCACAAACACAAGCCAUAAUUAGUAUUCACAAACGGUAGAGUGUUCUAAACAAGUGAAGUAGCGAAAUGGCAGAUUAUACGGUAUCAAAUGUGAAUGCAAUCGACGAAAGGGAUUAUCUUCCGAAUACAGGUGCAUCAAACGGAAAUAACAACUCGAGUACGGCGGACGCAUCAAAUGGAGAUCUCAACAACUCAAGAACGGCGGACGCAUCCAAUGGAAAUGGCAUCUCGAGCAAUGCGGACGAAACAAAUGGAAAAGGAAACUCGGGUAAGGCGGACGCAUCAAAUGGAAAUGACAAAUCGAUAAUGGCGGACGAAACAAAUGGAAAAGGAAAUUCAAGAACGACGGACGCAUCGAAUGAAAAUAGAAACUCCCUUACGGGGGACGCAUCCAAUGGGAAUGGCAAGUCGAGUACGGUGGACCCAUCAAAUGAAAAUGACAACUCGUGCAUUACGGACGAACCAAAACGAAAUGACAACUCAAGAAUUGCGGACGAAACUAAUGGAAAAGGAAACUCGAGUACGACGGACGCAUCAAAUGGAAAUGGCAAAUCGAUAAUUUCGGACGAAACAAAUGGAAAAGGAAACUCGAGUACGACGGACGCAUCAAAUGAAAAUAUAAACGUGAGUACGACGAACGCAUCCAAUGGAAAUGACAACUCGAGCAUUACGGACGAAUCACAAGGAAAUGACGACUCGAGCACGGCAGACUCAUCCCAUGGAAAUGACAAUCCGAGCAAGGAUGACGAGAGUCCUUCUAGCGCGGACAAAGCACAGUCGACCAUUGAAAGUGCAAGCCACAACACCGCUUCAAACAAUAAUGGCAUCGUGAGAAAGGGGGCUGGGAGUGGUUCAGGCGGUCCCGACACGCAGUCGAGCAUUAAAAGCGCCUGUGCAGUUGAUGGAGGACAACCAACAUGCUUUGCCAACUCUCCUACUGAAUCACCACGAUCUAUUCCGCCAAAUGUUUCAGAUAAUAGAUCGAUAGAUAACAGUCUCCAAACGACAAAAAACGAUACCAACUACAGCCGUGGAAAAAUAAUAUAUAGCCGUGUGGGGCACAGCUCCGUCCCACAACCGAAUCUGCUAAGAAGCAGCAGUAAAAAACAUCGAAUAAAAAACACAAAUCAACCUCAUAACGAUUCUUACGAUCACGGAAUCAAUGACACGGACACACAUUUGCCGAAUAUGCAAUAUCAGAUGACGAAAAAGAUGCAACGCCACGCCGAAGCAAGUAAGGACAUGUUGUUCAGAGUAUUUGAAAACGUUAUCAAGAUUAUUGAAGAAUACGAAAACAGAAUUGAUGAGCAGCAAAUACCAUCAUCACACAUACAAAUACCGGACAAGCCGAACCGAACGGAUGAUGACGUGAGAAUAAUUGUGGAGGCUCAACUUUUGGUUUUUGAAUUUCACAAAAACUCUUGCCCACCUGAGGUAACCGACGAUGUCAUUAAAAUGUUAAGAGAAAAUGUCAUAAUGUGGGCUGCAGUGAGGGAUUGUCCAACGAGUUGCACUGACAAGUACAUCGCUAAACUAUAUGAAAUUCUUGUAUCCGGAAAAACGGAUCAUGCAGUUAUUGAUAAACUCGGAGAACGAGUGUCGGCGUCUACUAUUCAAAAAACAUUACCUCUUAUUAUGAAAGGGAAAGGCAUAUCAAUGCAAUUAGAUGCUUCAUAUGAGAACAAUCCCGAUAAAAAAGCUGAACAUCCGAAAAUACGACAAACAGGAAAUCCUUUGGAAAAGGGUGCGGAAAGAAUACUUCAGGCUAACAAAAAUCUUUUCGAGUAUAUCGUUGAAGACGUACCCAGCCUUGCCCUUCGCUGAAUUAGAUGCCAAAACAAUGAUAAUUAGCGUUUAUCAAAAAUAUAUGGUUAAAAUGUUUAUUGUUAUAAUUUUACAAUGUACUUUUUAGUCGAAAAUAUUGUUUAAUUCCUUUAAAACGAUAACACUUGUAUCCAAAAUCUUUAUCUAAAUUUGAAUGUAUUUGACCUUAACAUAUUGACAGCAAUUUUGAUAGAAGUUUAACAAAUGAGCUGAAGCUCAAGUCAACCAAAAGUGAUUUAGUGUGGUUAAAAAUAAGUUAUGUGUUUCAACAUUAUCACAAUUGUGUUUGUAUGCAUAUUAUAUUGAUUUUUUAUUUAAUAUUCUGUUCAAAGCCUUUUACGAAAUAAGUGCAUUAACAUACUAAUUGCCUGAACUGUUACCUGUGAAUGAUUGUAUUGAUACAUACACAUUCGUAUUAACAAAUACAAAGUCAGCACUAUAAAUAUAUAUAUAUAUAUAUAUAGCUGUAAAUAUAACCAUUCGUAAUGUUUAAUUUCGUAAUGAUACUUCUAUAAACAAAAACUUGUACAUUUAACUCCAGCAAAAUUAUAUUGAGACAAAAGUAUAUCUACAUACAGUACUAAUUGAUUGUUAAACUUCAAGGUUCAUUUUUAUGUUUUAACACACGUUUAUGUCGAGGAUCCUAAUAAUUUAUCCCGAUACAGCCAUAACCUGUAUGUCAGGACUUAUAGUUUGUAAAUCUUGUGAUUAGAUAAAACCUAUCCGGCUAUUCUAGCUUUAUCUUGUGCUUCUUCAUAUAUUUUAAAGUUGAUUUACUUAAAUAAUACUGUAUUAAAACUUAAAAUCUAAUAAGCAGAUACCACAUCCGAUAUUGUUCUUUUCACUCCACUGCUUUUUAA